GCACGCAGUGCAGCGACGUUCAUGGCUGUAGUUAAUAAACCCCCUAUCUUCAAACACCCUAACUGCAGGCAGGGGGCAAGACCACAACCUCCAGACAUAUUGCAUACAGUAUCGUUGGUUGUUCGAAAGAAGCGUCUCGCCGCACUCUGGCUUUCGCUAAGCAACAGAUGACACUGAAAUUGUUGAUCAACGACAAUCAGGGGAAACGCAGUCAUGAUUUUCAGAAGUUAUUGCAUCUUGGCACAGAAGACUGCACGAGUGUUAGUUUCGGGUAGACAUCAACUUCCGACUUGCAUCUGGCUAAGUCUUCGUAGGUCGGCGAGCUCAAUGGCUGUGUGUCCGGUGUUGUCGGUGCAACCUACCCGGGCACUGGUGGACGAGAAGUUUCAGAUAGUUGUGAGAAAUCUACACCCAAAACAAGAGGUGACGGUCCAUUCUUUACAUCACUCCGAGGAUAAAGACUACUGGGAGGCGUUUGGCCAUUAUACCAGCGACGAAAAUGGAACCGUUACAGUUAUGGAAGAUGCAAGCCGUGGUGGGACCUACACUGGAACUGAACCCAUGGGCCUACUUUGGAGCCUGCGGCCCAUUCCCGGUAGCAGACACGGGCUCAGGAUGCGAAAGAGGAACGUUCUGUCUCCAAUGGUGGUGAACAUAUCAGUCUACAAAGGUCACAUGAACCAGGGGUUUUCUGAAGAGGCCGCAUUGGCGACGGUUGUCACAGAGAGAUGGUACCUGGCGCCAGGUGUGCAGCGUGUGGACAUUAGGGAACAAGGGGUCAAAGGCACACUCUUCAUACCACCAGGCCCGGGGCCCUUUCCUGCAGUCCUGGACAUGUGGGGAGGGGGAGGGGGGCUGGUGGAGUACCGGGCCGCCCUCCUGGCAUCACAUGGCUUUGUUGCUUUGGCGUUGGAAUACCUCACUCCGAAUAAAAAGCGGACGUUGGAUAUUGAGACCAGAUACUUUGAGACGGCGUAUCAUAUCCUGCAGUCCCUGCCUCAGGUGUCUUCAGAUAGAGUGGCUGUGCUUGGCCUGUCCUUCGGGGCGUCAGUCACCCUCACACUUGCAGCAUACUCUAAAACCGCCAAGCCCCGGUGCUGUGUGUGUAUCAGUGGUAGUCAUGUUCACCCUGUCAACAAGACCCUCUUUGAGAUCUUCCAGCUAAUGAACCAGAGCUUGGCCAAGUCACGCAUUGAUGAGAAUAAUCAUGUGAUCUGGAGAGAUGUCAUUCUGCCCAUCCCUACUGAGCCUGAUCUUAAAGUAGAUGUGGGCAAGAUAAAGUGUCCUCUGCUGGUUGUGAUCGCUCAGGAUGAUCAGAACUGGGCCACUGUGGAGUCCACUGAAGACAUGGAGCAGAUUAUGGAAAGGUCUGGAAAUCGUCACCUGCUGACGGUGUUGUCAUACCCAGAUGCAGGUCACUUGAUUGAGCCUCCAUACACUCCACACAUUCGGUUCAGUAACUUCAUCACUCACUUCAAUGGGGAGAAAGUGAUCAUGCUGUGGGGAGGUCAGACUAAGCCUCAUGCAGACGCCCAGGAAGACGCAUGGGAGAAGAUCCUCCUUUUCCUCCAGAAACACCUCUACCAGGAUAUACCACCAGAGGCCAAGCUCUGAAACUGCUCUCUCUCACAAACACACACUCUACCAGGAUAUACCACCAGCGGCCGAGCUCUGAAACUGCUCUCUUACACACACACACACACACACACACACACACACACACACACACACACACAC